CUAAUAUCGGUGUCUAUCACCGGUGUCUAUCACAAAGAAAGCUAUAUUGACAGAUUAAAACGAUUUUUUAAACGUAUCUAUGUACAUUAUUUAUUCAUUAAUUGGAGUUAGGCACAACAACUACCAUAACAUUUUCAACUCGCAGAUCUUUUUGGAUAUGUCAGAUCCUGAACCGACGCCUGUGGACGGUCUCCCCCAAAUUCUGAACUUUAAUGUGGGCGUGCUGGGGCAUGUGGACAGCGGAAAGACGUCCCUGGCUCGAGCUCUGAGCAGCACCGCGUCCACGGCGGCCUUCGACAAGAACCCGCAGUCCAAAGAGCGCGGCAUUACACUGGACCUGGGAUUCAGCGCCUUCACGGUUCCCCUGCCGGAGCACAUGAAGCAGAGCUGUGGGGGAAAAGACAGAUUGCAGUUCACACUGGUGGACUGUCCAGGACAUGCCUCUCUCAUUCGCACAAUCAUUGGCGGGGCUCAGAUCAUUGACCUGAUGAUGUUAGUGGUCGAUGUUGUGAAAGGUAUGCAGACGCAAACAGCAGAGUGUCUCCUGAUCGGUCAGCUCACCUGCUCACACAUGAUCGUCAUCCUUAAUAAAACAGACCUGUUGCCCAGUGAUAAGAGACAGAGUGCCAUUGAGAAGAUGACCAAGCGGAUGCACAAGACUUUGGAAAACACUAGAUUUAAAGGUUGCCCAGUCAUUGCAGUAGCAGCAAAGCCAGGUGGGCCUGAGGCUCCAGACACAGCUGAAGCACAGGGAAUCUCUGAGCUCAUUGAGCUGCUGAAAUCCCAGGCAUUUCUACCUAAAAGAGACCCAUCCGGGUCUCUGCUGAUGGCAGUGGAUCACUGUUUCUCCAUCCGUGGUCAGGGAACAGUCAUUACAGGGACCAUCCUGCAGGGGGCACUGCGUGUCAAUGAUACACUAGAGAUACCUGCACUCAAGGUGACUCGCAAGGUGAAGUCGAUCCAGAUGUUCCGUAAGCCAGUUCCUAGUGCAAUGCAAGGAGAUCGGGUUGGAGUGUGUGUAACACAGUUUGACCCAAAGCUGCUGGAGAGAGGGGUGGUGUGUACACCUGGUUCCCUGCAUACCAUACAUGCUGCCAUUAUUUCUGUACGGAAGAUCGAGUACUACCGUGGUGCACUUAGCAGUCGUGCAAAAUUCCACAUCACCGUUGGACAUGAAACGGUCAUGGCACGUGUGGCAUUCUUCAGCCGUGCCUCUUUAAGUGCCGAAUCAGAUGCAGAGUCUCCUACAGAACAGAGCGCAGAUGCUUUCUCUUUUGACUGGGAGUUUUGUCACCAGGAGGAGUAUUUAACUGGCAAGGAAGGAGCUGAGGGGCGGGAUCCUGCACAGUGGGCGUUAUUAGAGUUUGAACGGCCUGUUACAUGUCCACCACUCUGUUUGGUCAUUGGCUCAAGGCUGGACUCUGAUAUCCACAGUAACACAUGUCGACUUGCGUUUCACGGAAAGCUGUUAAAUGGCUUUGAGGACAAAAACUAUGUGGACACUGCAUUGCCCAGGCUCAAAAUCAGCAAAGACAAGCACAAAGAAGGAGCAGUGGAACGGGUGACCGAUGACUACACUGUGAUAGGUAAAAACCUGUUCAAGAAAGAGACCAACCUUCAGUUGUUUGUGGGGUUAAAGGUCACACUUUCUUCUGGAGAGACUGGGAUUAUUGAAGGCAGCUUUGGGCAGAGUGGCAAAAUCAAAAUCCGAGUUCCAGACGGACUGAAAGAGGAAACGAAGCAACUCCUUUCUUCUUCCUCCAAGAAAAAGGGAAAGGGCAGGGAUAAAAAUGAAACACCCAAAGAGGAUGAUGCUAAAGUGGACUCUCAGCCUAUAACCAUUCAUCUGAAUUUUAAAAGAUAUCUUUUUGACCCUCAUAAAAAGAUGGUGCAGUGCUAAAAUCUUAUACAUACCUCCAGAAACAUUGCAGCUCCAACCAUUCACAUGUGAGAUUGUUUGUCAGUGUCUUAGGCCUUUCCUAUGCUUUGGGGUCUAAUAUAAAUGUAGUGAAUUUUCUUGUAUUGAUUACAGCAGUAAGAGAAAGAGAAUAAACGAGAAAAUACGG